AUGUCUUUAGGUAUAACUAGAAGACAAAAGACACAUCGAGGUAGGAAGGGUGGCCGUGACCGUUUUAAUGACAACAUAAAAUUUGGUAUGCUUAACUGCCGUUCUGUGCGUAAUAAAACUACCCAAUUUCAUGAAUUUGUCCUCGAUCACCGACUCGACUUCACAUGUGUCUGCGAAACCUGGCUUACCACGUCCGAUGAUGCUGCAACUGCUGACCUCUGUCCACGAGGAUAUCUCUUCAAGCAUCACCCCAGAUCAACCAAGCGCGCUGGUGGAGUCGGGUUCCUCUACAAGGACAGUCUUCAUGUUGAUAUUGGCCCAACAGGACAAUUUGACACCUUCGAAUCCCUGUCUGGAACUUUGUCUCAUCCCGGCUCCAAGCAGGUCGACAUCAUCGUCGUCUACCGUCCUCCUGGAUUUCAGGGAUUUUCUCAGUUUCUCAUUGAUUUUUCAGCAUUUGUUGAUGAGAGACUGUGCAAUCCUUUCUCCAUCUUGAUCACGGGGGACUUGAACAUACACCUGGAUAAGACUUCGUCUCCGCACACUCUUAAGUUUCUGGAUCUCAUCAGCAGCCAUGGUCUCUCCCAGUUGGUCACAUCCCCAACUCACGACAAAGGUCAUAUUCUUGACGUUGUCCUCGUCCGGAACUCGGACAAGCUACCGAUCUCCAAACCGAACAUUAUUCCAGGUAUUUCAGACCACGCUGCUAUCACCUGUGUAAUUCGCUCUUGUAGAUCAAAUCGUGUCAAUAGAGCAUAUACCUCACGCAACAUCAAAGAUAUCAAUAGAAAGUCUCUUAUAGAAGAUGUCGCGGAAAGCAAUAUUAUUUCCCCAUCCUCCGUGUCUGAGAAUAUCGACUCGGCUACCAACCGCUACAACACCAUCCUAAACUCACUUCUCGAUAUUCAUGCCCCUGCCAAGACCCGCAAAGUGAGAGAUCACCGAGAUAGCCCCUGGUACAACAGCGAGAUAACCGUUGAGAAACGCAAGCGUCGACAGCUCGAGCGACGAUGGCGAUCAAACGGCAAGCUCUGCAUAGACAGACAGAUGUUCCAAGCGCAACGAGAGGUUGUGAAUCAUCUUGUUGAAAGCGCCAAGAAAUCCUACUAUGUUGGGCUAAUCAACAUGUGUGGUAAUGAUACUAAGAAACUCUACUCCACCGCUAACCGUCUCCUCAAUCGUAAACAGGACUCUCUACUCCCAAGGCACACCGAUAGUCAAGAACUGGCCCAGAGAUUCAUCCACUUCUUCCACUCGAAGAUACAUAAAAUUCAGAACAGCCUUACCCCAGAUCUUACACCUGUCGAUCCUGUCACAUCAGCUUCCUUCCAUACGAUCCGGUCAACGACUCCUGACGAGAUAAAAUCACUACUUCGCAGAUUACCAGCCAAAUCUUGCCAUCUAGAUCCCAUCAAUACUGUUCUCAUCAAGGAAUGCAGCUCUACAUUCGCUAGUAUUAUUACCUAUAUUGUUAAUCUAAGUAUUGAUCAGGCAUGUGUACCUUCUGUCCUUAAAACGGCUCACAUCCUUCCUAUCCUGAAAAAACCCAAUCUUGACCCCCAACCCCGCAGUGUCCUUUGA